UAAUCAAAAAGAAGAAGAAGAAGAAGGGAAAACCCAAACAUACUUGAGAACUCUUGGAAACCAAAAGAAACCAUAGCUUCGCUGAAACGAGCCUGUCUCCUGAACUUCACGGCGCGUUCAUGGAGCCUCCCGGUUCAGCGAACCGAGCCGACGGUGAUUUCCUGGAGCUGGAGCCCGACGAGGAGCUGCUCUGCUCGGUCAGCGACAUCACCGAGCACCUCGGCAGAAACAUCACCGUGGUGCUGGAGACAGCGCUUUCUGAGAUCCGCAAAAUGGUCAGCAUCUGGAUAAGAGUCCUGAAAAUGGAGCUACGCGAGAAAAGCGAGGAAAUAGAAGUGCUAAAGGCGAGACUAGAGACAGUUCAGAGGGAUGGUAGGGACCCUUUCCCCGGCGUUCCCACCAUGGAGCCGUCUGCAGAUGCUGGCUUCAAGAAACAUGACUUCAGCUCCGGCAACAAACACAAUAGUAUCGACCCCAGGAGAGCCAAGGCUGUCAUGCCUGGUGUGAAGAAGGAGGUUAUAGCGGAGGAUGCUGUUUGCCACUAUCUAAUGAAAGACAAGAACUCGAGGGGAUAUCCUGAAAUGGACGGAGACCAGAGUAGCCAAGUCAGUGGCGGCAGGAAGCCUCGCCAAGAUCAGGACCUGCACUCCCUCAGCCUGCAGCCAAACAGUGUCAUGGCUGUAGACUCCAAGUCUACCACAGAUGACCUCUUCAGUGUCCUCCCCUCUGGCAGCAAACGGAUGUAUGUCUAUGAAUUAGUAGUACCAGUGGAAUAUUCUUCAGACCUGAAAGUCAUGAAGGAGCCCGAGAGUAAGAGCACCCCAACUGGUGAGGAUGGUGGUGAAGAUGAGUUGCCGUGGAGGGAGGGAGGUGGACUGGAGCAGGCCCAGGCCCCACACGUCCAGCCCUCUGAGUUCUCCAUGGAGCCCCAGAGUUCUCCAGGGGAGGGAGGGAGUCCACUGGAGGGCAGCACAGACAGGCCUGUGGCAGGCCAGCAGUUCCCUGUCCGCACCUAUAUCUGCUCUCUGUGUGGAACCUUCUGCCCUGACACUCUGUUCUUAGAGGAACACGUCAGAAUGAUACACCCUGACUCUGCUGGUGCCCCAGGACACAUGGGAGAAGUUUUCCUUCAAUCAAGCAAGUCUUCAGCCAAUGACAUUACGUUUUUAGUUUUGCCACAUAUGCCGCCCCAGACCAACCAUGUCGACUGUGCUUCACUGAAAGGGCCAAGAGGAAUAAAGCGAAAGAGGACCAUUGGGCCUAAUACUCAAGGGAAUUCAUUAGACCUACUGGAGCAAAUUGCCUCCCCAAACACCAGCUCCGACUGCCACACUCCGACAGCAACUCCUGCCCCCUCCAUACCAAAGAUUUUUAAAGAAAUUUGCAGCAUACUCCAUCUGUCAUCGGGUGGGAAAAAGAAAAGAAUUAAAGUCACAGUGGAUGAACUGGGUCGCAGGGUAGGUCCUCCGGAAUACAUGUCAUUUUCGUCCAUAGCGACAUACUUAAGGACAGAUAAUAACGCAAGGAAAGAACUGCAAGCCCAGCUGGAGGAUGCUGGGAUUAAGCCCACCCAGGUUACAGCCAAGGUGUCCCUGUUUUCUCGGCUUUGUGAAGAAGAGGUAGAUGCAUUAUGUGAGAGCCUUGCUGGCCUGGUGAGAGACCAUCUUCCCUUUGAAGGUCUCCAUGUCAUUCAAGAGGCUGACAACGAGAUGGUGACUCUGGGGAGCUUGUUGGAGUUCCGGUCCCAUCUAAGGAGAGCCGUAGCAGCCAUCAUGGAAAGAGUGGAAGCUGUGGACCUGGCCUCCCAUGGCUUCAUGUCCAAAAUGUUGGACAUCGCAUUGUCCAUAUUUGAAAAAUGUCUGGAUAACCAAAGCAACUCACCGGUACAAACUGUCUUCCCAUCUACCAGCACCCAGCAACAGCCUGCACCCAUCAAGCCCUCUACUUUCUCCACCCAGCACACUCCAACAGCAACUCCUGCCCCCUCUACACCAAAAAUUUUCAAAGAAAUUUACAGCAUACUCCCUUUAUCAUCCGGUGGGAAAAAGAAAAGAAUUAAAGUCACAGUGGAUGAACUGGGUCGCAGGGUAGGUCCUCCGGAAUACAUGUCAUUUUCGUCCAUAGCGACAUACUUAAGGACAGAUAAUAACGCAAGGAAAGAACUGCAAGCCCAGCUGGAGGAUGCUGGGAUUAAGCCCACCCAGGUUACAGCCAAGGUGUCCCUGUUUUCUCGGCUUUGUGAAGAAGAGGUAGAUGCAUUAUGUGAGAGCCUUGCUGUCCUGGUGAGAGACCAUCUUCCCUUUGAAGGUCUCCAUGUCAUUCCUGAGGCAGAGGAUGAGAUGGUGACUCUGAGGAGUUUGUCUGAGUUCCGGUCCCAUCUAAGGAGAGCCACGGCAGCCAUCAAGGAAAGAGUUGAAGCUGUGGACCUGGCCUCACAUGGAUUCAUGUCCAAAAUGUUGGACAUCAUGCUGUCCAUAUUCGAAAAAUGUUUGGACAACCAAAGCAGUACGUAUUGAAAAUGCAAAUUUUGGGGGAAAUAUAGUUUAUGAUUAGCGGACCCAAGUGGAAUUUGUUAGUUUUCAGUGGUGACCCAGAAUGAAAAUCUGUGGGAUUUACGUUUUUCUUUUUUUUGCUUGUAAUGUGAAAGAUAAUAUAUAUAUUUUUUAAAUGUGCAAAUGAGUCAUUGCAAAUUCACUGUGGGCCUGGUAAUUAACUACCAAACCAAACCCAUGUGGUGUAACAUAGCAAUCUGAUGGAAAAACUUUACACUCCAAUGUUUUUUAACUGCCAUAGUCAUUGUUAUUACUGUAUUAUGCAGUAAAAUAAAAUAAAAAAUACCAAGGGUGUAAAAA